GCUGCCGGAAGUGAGCGAGAGAGUCGGAAAAGUUAUUUGUUGUCGCCGGAAGUAUGAGGGGUAAAGCGCAGCUGGUUGAUGGCCGCUGAGGCUGAGGCUGAGAGGGUGCGAGUGGACAGCGCGGAGGAGGGGGAGCUGCCCCUGGCGGCAGCCGCGGAGCUGGCCGCCCAGAAGCGCGAACAGAGGCUGCGCAAACUGCGGGAGCUGCACCUGAAGCGGAAUGAAGCUCGAAAGUUAAAUCACCAGGAAGUUGUGGAGGAAGAUAAAGGACUUAAAUUACCUGCAAACUGGGAGGCUAAAAAAGCUCGUCUGGAAUGGGAGCUGCAGGAAGAAGAAAAGAAAAAAGACUGUGCAGCGAGAGGGGAGGACUAUGAGAAAGUGAAGCUGCUGGAGAUCAGUGCAGAAGACGCAGAGAGAUGGGAGAGGAAGAAGAGGAGGAAAAACCCCGACCUGGGAUUCUCCGAUUAUGCUGCUGCUCAGUUACGCCAGUAUCAUUGGCUGACCAAGCAGAUCAAACCUGACAUGGAAACUUACGAGAGACUGAGAGAAAAACUUGGAGAGGAGAUUUACCCAACAUCCAACAGUCUUCUUCAUGGAACACAUGUACCCUCCACAGAGGAAAUUGAUAGGAUGGUCAUAGCCUUGGAAAAGCAAAUUGAAAAACGAGACAAGUAUAGCCGGAGACGUCCUUAUGAUGAUGAUGCAGACAUCGACUACAUUAAUGAAAGGAAUGCCAAAUUCAACAAGAAAGCAGAAAGAUUCUAUGGGAAAUACACAGCUGAAAUUAAACAGAAUUUAGAAAGAGGAACAGCAGUCUAAUCUCCUUUAGGAACUGUUUUGACUGCCAAAUUGUAACAGUAAACCAGGACUAUUACCUUUCUUUUUAUAAUUUGUAAAGUGUUCUAUGACUGUGUAUUUUCAGGCUUAUAUAUUUAUUAUUCAUUCAUUUCAGAAAAAAAAAGUCAUGUAUUUAUGUGUUCAGAAUGUGUGCUUCAUGUGUGGACCCUGCUGGGCUUAAAACUCCUAGCUACAAA